GCUCAAUGAGACUGACUCCCCUCAGUCACAAAGAUCUUUGCUGGCUGAGCAAAACGCUCUUGAAUCGCUCAAAGAGGAAAGUCAUAUUACCGUAUCUGGUAAAAUUCUUCAUCCUCAAAGCAUUUGCUGCCGUUUCCCCGCAUUCAAAGUCUUUCCUUACCCACCGCCUUUCUACAUCCUUGGACUACGUCAGAAUCGAAGUCAAUCGCAGUUUUCUGUUCUCAAUUCUCGUGGUGGCGAUCUCAAGAGGUUCAAAAUCUGUCCGGAAAUGUCAUAGGAAUCGCAUGCGAAUGUCUUUUGAAGACCUUCACGGAAUGGCCCUCGACGUCCCCCUCCAUAAGCCGCUCUUUUCCAGGUUGUGAAAUUGACGUUGUGCUCGUGAUUGCUAUCCGAGACCCCGAGGUCAUCCACUGAUCCAAAUCGUAGCUCUAAGUCAUGGCUACCCAGACAGACAUCAUCACGCGCACUCCGGACCAGACUGCUCCGUCACUGCGCCGUCGGUCCUCCUCACAUUCGACUCAUCAGUCGAAACCAUGGGAGCAUACCGGCCACCGCAUGUCACUCCACUCGAAUCACUCUUCUCGGCCAGAGCCAGAGGAAGUGCGACGCCUUUCUGAGCGCGUCUCGCGCCAAACGACGAGGUCAUCAUAUCGACGAACUUCGAAGUGGUACAGAAUACGCUGGUUCAGAGGUAUGAUCAGUGAUGUCAAGAGGAGGGCACCAUUCUACUGGAGUGACUGGAAAGAUGCUUGGGACUAUAGAGUCGUACCGGCGACAGUAUAUAUGUAUUUCGCGAACAUCCUACCAGCAUUGGCCUUUUCCCUAGACAUGUUCACCAAAACCCACAAUUCGUAUGGUGUCAACGAAGUCCUACUCUCCUCGGUCAUGGCAUGUGUCAUAUUUUCCCUGUUCGCUGCGCAGCCGCUCGUCAUUGUGGGAGUUACAGGUCCCAUCACGGUGUUCUCGUACACGGUCUACGACAUUGUCGUCCCCAAUGGGACGAAUUAUUUUGCAUUCAUGGCCUGGAUCGGUAUAUGGUCGCUUCUCAUGCAUUGGCUGCUCGCAAUCACCAACAGCUGCAAUGCAUUGACCUACGUAACCCGCUUCAGCUGCGACACCUUUGGCUUUUACGUUGCCUUCAUCUAUCUCCAGAAGGGGAUCCAGGUUCUCACGAGACAAUGGGGCCUAGCCGGUGGAGAGAGCGCAUAUCUAUCCGUCAUGGUCAGUUUGCUCGUCCUGGGCUUCGCCUAUGGUUGUGGGGUGCUCGGCAACAGCAAUUUGCUGCAUCAUAUCCCUCGAAAGUUCAUUGAAGAUUACGGGACGCCUUUGACUAUCAUUUUCUUCACCGGAUUCGUCCAUAUCGGACAUAUGAAGGACGUUACUGUGGAGACACUACCUACCAGCAAAUCAUUCUUUCCCACGGCAGAUCGCGGCUGGUUCGUACAUUUCUGGGAUAUCAGCGUUGGAGAAGUGUUUUUGGCUAUCCCGUUUGCAAUCCUUCUGACAAUCUUGUUCUGGUUCGAUCACAACGUGUCGUCUCUCAUUGCUCAAGGCAGCGAGUUUCCCUUGCGCAAGCCACCUGGAUUCCACUGGGACAUCUUCCUGUUAGGCCUCACUACUGGCAUUGCCGGCCUACUCGGUAUUCCGUUCCCCAAUGGCCUAAUUCCACAAGCUCCUUUCCACACCACUGCGCUCUGCGCGACACGACAAGUCGUGGAUGAAAAGGCUCGAGGCCACACUGUUCGUGUUGUUGACCAUGUCGUUGAACAGCGCGUCAGCAACCUGGCCCAAGGUCUCCUGUUCCUGGUCACCAUGUCCGGUCCACUUUUGAUAGUACUUCACCUCAUUCCUCAAGGUGUACUGGCGGGUUUGUUCUUCGUCAUGGGCGUCCAAGCACUCGAAGGGAACGGCAUCACACAAAAGCUGCUCUACCUUGCUCGUGAUAAAAAUCUGACUGACGCCACCGAUCCUCUGGCCCGAAUUGAUCGACAACGAGCAAUUUGGAUUUUCGUGGUGAUAGAGUUGAUUGGAUUUGGCGCAACAUUUGCUAUCUCCCAGACAAUUGCCGCCAUUGGGUUCCCAGUGUUCCUGAUCCUGCUAAUUGUUGCACGCUCCUGGCUGAUGCCGAAAUGGUUCCGAGAAGACGAGCUUCGCGCGCUCGAUGCUCCAACAGCAGGACCCUUCGUCAUGGAAAGUGUGGGUGGAGCGUAUGGUGAGAGUGAGGCAAGUACUCCUGACGCUCACACUCCAGAGAACGAGGUCGCCGUCGUCGAUGACACCCUGGAGAGAGGAGAAAGCUACGAGUUGGAGACGUCUUUAGCGAACCGGAAAGCUGCCGAGGAUUGUUCUGUCUUGCGAGGCGAAGGCUCCGCGAGACGAAGGCCGAGCCACAGUGAGUUGCAGAGACCGGCAGGUAGAGUGAGAAGGAGAAGCAGAAGUUCAUUAAACACUUGAAGUGGAUAGACUGUUGGAUUUGUCCGAGAUACAAACACAAGCAUACAAAUAGAAGCUCCACGGAAUCACCUGCUGGAGGAGCUGGUACAUGGUAAGAAGGACCAGGAUAUACAGAAGACAUACAUCUCGAAGAUCUGUGGCGAAAGAGAAAAGGUACAAGAGAGACACCAUAUGGUGUUGUAGUCAAAUGCUGGACAUCAUAGUCAUAGCUAACAAAACCGGAGACAUAGACCCUCAGUGCUUCAGGAUUGAUAUAUUACAAACGAAGAUGUUGUGC